GUGGCAGUGACCUUCGAGGAUGUGGCUGUGCUCUUUACUCGGGAUGAGUGGAGGAAGCUGGAUGCUCUGCAGAGGAGGUUGUACCGGGACGUGAUGCUGGAGAACUAUAGGAACCUGGCUUCCCUGGGAUUCCCGUUUACCAAACCAAGGGUGAUCUCCCUGUUGCAGCAAGGAGAAGAUCCCUGGAAAAUGGAAAAGGAUGUCCUCAGCAUAGGAUGGAAGAGCAAUCAUAAAACUACAAAGUCAACUCAAACACAAGACUCUUUGUUUCAGGGACUGAUAAUGAAAAAACUCAAAAUGAAUGGACCCUGGGACUUGAAAUCAGAAAAACUUUGUACAUAUGAAGACAAAUUUGAAAAGAAGCCAGAUAAAAAGGAACAUUUUCAGAUAGUUUCAGUCACCCACAAAAAUAUCUUGACUAUAGAAAAAAGCCAUAAGAGUACUGAAUCCAGCCAAAACUUCAGCCCCAAAUCAGUUGUUACCAGAGAGAAAACACCACCUAAAUGUGAAAAGCAAGGAAACACUUUCAGACAGAACUCAAAUUUAUCUACUCAACCAAAAAUCACAGCAGAGAAACGCUAUCAAUGUAGUAUGUGUGACAAAACCUUCAUUAACACUUCAUCCCUUCGUAAACAUGAGAAAAACCAUAGUGGAGAAAAAUUAUUUAAAUGUAAAGAAUGUUCAAAAGCCUUUAGCCAAAGUUCAGCUCUUAUUCAGCAUCAAAUAAUUCAUACUGGCGAGAAGCCCUACAUAUGUAAAGAGUGUGGGAAAGCCUUCACUCUCAGUACAUCCCUUUAUAAACAUUUAAGAACCCACACUGUAGAGAAAUCCUAUAGGUGUAAGGAAUGUGGUAAAGCCUUUAGCCGAAGGUCAGGCCUUUUUAUACAUCAGAAAAUCCAUGCUGGAGAAAACCCUUAUAAAUAUAAUCCAGGUAGGAAGGCAUCUAGUUGCAACACACCCCUUCCUGGUCAAAGACUCUAUUCCAGAAAAAAGUCUUAUUUAUGUAGUGAAUGUGGUAACACCUUUAAGUCUAGCUCAUCCCUUCGUUAUCAUCAGAGAAUUCACACUGGAGAGAAGCCUUUCAAAUGCAGUGAGUGUGGGAGAGCCUUCAGUCAGAGUGCAUCACUCAUUCAACAUGAACGAAUUCACACUGGAGAAAAGCCAUACAGGUGUAAUGAAUGUGGAAAAGGCUUCACUUCUAUCUCACGGCUCAAUAGACAUCGAAUAAUUCAUACUGGAGAGAAGUUUUAUAAUUGUAAUGAGUGUGGCAAAGCCUUAAGUUCCCAUUCAACCCUUAUUAUUCAUGAGAGAAUUCAUACUGGAGAGAAACCAUGUAAAUGUAAGGUGUGUGGGAAAGCCUUCAGACAAAGCUCAGCUCUCAUUCAACAUCAGAGAAUGCAUACUGGUGAAAGGCCCUAUAAGUGUAAUGAGUGUGGGAAAACAUUCAGGUGUAACUCAUCCCUUAGUAAUCAUCAAAGAAUUCAUACUGGAGAGAAACCUUAUAGAUGUGAGGAAUGUGGGAUGUCAUUUGGCCAAAGUUCAGCUCUUAUUCAACAUCGAAGAAUUCAUACAGGAGAAAAACCCUUUAAAUGUAAUACAUGUGGGAAAACUUUUAGACAGAGCUCCUCACGUAUUGCACAUCAGAGAAUCCAUACAGGAGAGAAGCCCUAUGAGUGUAACACAUGUGGGAAACUUUUCAACCACAGGUCAUCCCUGACUAAUCAUUAUAAAAUUCAUAUGGAAGAGGACCCCUAGAAAGUAUAUUUGCAUGUGUAAAAGCCUAAAACCAAAGCUCAUCAUCAAAUACACACUUGAAAGUGAUAUAAUGUCGUGGAUAGGCAAAAAAGAAAAAAAAAUUCCCUGUAAUCGUUUAGUUCUCAUCAAAUAUUAAGUCUCAUGGAUAAAAUCUUAAGUAUGUAUUAGAUAGGAAAUUGUUCAUGUCAGCUGGACACUUUUUAAAAAUGACCUGAAAUAAACUUAUAGCUGGAGACCUUGACUUUGGGAAUUUGUAAAAUAUACUUGUUUUUCCUCUAUAAGAGUAUACACUAGACAUGUGAUCAUUGAAAAUAUCUGAGUGGGUAAGAAGUUGUGCUCUGGAUUUCUCAUUAGAAAAACACUGAACUACACUGGAAAUAUUUUUAUAAUGUUUUAAUAACAAAAAAGAUGGAUCCAAUAAAUAAUACAUUUUUAGAGAAAAGGACCAAAAUAAAAUAUAAAAAUGAAUUGUAAACUACCUCUCAUGCUCUAUGGUUUAUCCUUUUCCUGACCUAAUGUCAAACAUUGUGCAUGGAUUUCAUUAAAAUGCAGAAAAAUUUAA